AUGUGCACAACUAAAUUGUACUGCUUCUUCUGCUCGCCCCCUCCCUCUUUGCGACUUGACCCUCGCAACACCCUUCUCUCUAACCUCAAGCCCACUUUCAUUUUCACUCCUUAUCACAGAAUCAACAACAAUUGUACUAGCUUUGAGGUUGGAUUUCAGGGACAGCAGAAGACACGGAGGAGAUCUAAAGGGGAUCCAACGACAAGGACAGCAGUAGCUAUGCUUCAUCAGAAUCCCGUUGUCUCCGAUUUAAUAGCCACCGGUUUAUCCGCUUCUAUCGCGCUCUCUGUCCUUCGUUUCUUUGAAGAAACUGCUAAACGACAUGUCUUCGACCAGAAACUGAAUAGGAAGCUUGUGCAUGUAAGCAUUGGGUUAGUUUUCAUGCUUUGCUGGCCAAUGUUCAGUUCGGGGCACCGGGGAGCACUUUUGGCAGCUUUUACUCCUGGUGUUAACAUAAUACGAAUGCUUCUUAUUGGAUCUGGAAUGUGGAAAGAUGAAGCCACAGUGAAAUCAAUGAGCAGAUUUGGAGACCGCAGGGAACUUCUUAAGGGACCACUGUACUAUGCCUUAACAAUUACUGUGGCUUGUGCUAUCUAUUGGAGGACUUCCCCUGUUGCAAUUGCAGCAAUAUGCAACCUGGAUUGCAGACAUUGUGGGAAGGCGCUUUGGAAUUCAAAAAUCCCUUACAACAGAAACAAGUCUAUAGCUGGUAGUGUUGCAAUGGCCCUGGCUGGUUUUUUGGCAUCUGUUGGGUUUAUGUAUUAUUUUGCCUCAUUCGGAUAUGUUCAGGAAAGCUGGGAAAUGAUAUUAGGUUUCUUGGUUGUCUCUCUUGCCUCGACUUUUGUGGAAUCACUCCCCAUAAGUACAGAGCUUGAUGAUAACCUAACAGUUACCCUAACUUCUAUAUUGUUGGGGAACCUUGUUUUCUGA